UCAUGCUAAGAAAUAUUUCAAAAGUAUCUACAUUUCAAACUCACUUUAAGUAAAUCUACUCCUUCUCUUAUUAUGCUAAUUUGGAUCUCAGUUGUCCUCAUCCAUCAUUUCAAGUAAUUUGAUAUUUUGGAAUUCUUUAUUAGUCUAGAGAUCUCACAAUUACUCAUACAAUGCAUUAUAUUACUAAACCUCCUUGUGAUCCAAAGAUUAUGACAUUUGGAGCAUUUCAUACAGAUCAUUUAUUGGAAAUUGAUUGGUCAGAAAAAAUGGGGUAAAAAAAUGUUGUUACAUCUUAAGUUGGAGCAGACCCCAAAUAGUCCCAUUUAAAAGUUUUAGUAUCCAUCCAUUUGCUGCUUGUCUUCAUUAUGCAAUUGAAUGUUUUGAAGGAGCAAAAGUAAAUAUAUUUAUAAUACACUAUAGGCUUACAGAGGUGCAAAUAACACUAUUAGAACAUUUAGAUUAGACUGUAAUAUGUACAGGAUGAAACAAUCUGCUAAGAGAUUGUCUUUGCCUGACUUUGAUGGAGCUGAAUUAUAAAGAUGCAUUGAAUAAUUGCUUAAAGUAGAUAGAGAUUGGAUUCCAGACAGACCAGGAUUUAGUUGUUAUAUUAGACCAACUUUGAUUGCUACAGAAGAAGCAUUAGGAGUUCGUGCUUCAAGUAGAGCUAGAUUAUUUGUUGUUUUAUGUCCUGUUGGCCCAUAUUUUCCAUCUGGACUUAAACCUGUUAGAGUAUUUUGUAAUACGUCAACAGUAAUUUCUUAAAAAUUUAUAGCAAGAUUCGUUCAGCUCCAGGAGGAGUUGGAGGGUAUAAAGUGGCUGGUAAUUAUGCACCAACAGUGUUACCAUUGAAGGAGGUUUAGAAAAUAGGAUUUCAUUAAAAUUUAUGGAUGUUACCUGAUGGAUUAGUGUAAGAAAUGGGUGUUUGUAAUUUGUUUUUCUUCUAAAAAAAUGAAAAAGGCGAAAAGGAAUUAGUUACACCUAUGCUAGAUGGAACAAUUCUACCUGGAAUAAUGAGAGAUUCUAUUUUGGUUAGACAUUUUAUUUUAUCUAAAGGAAAUAACUAGAGGAAUGGGUAAAUUUAAAGUCAUAGAAAAGAAGUUGUAUAUUUAAGAAGUCAUAGAAUCUAUAGAAUCAGGAAGAGUAUAUACAAAAUUUAAUAAUUUAGAUGAUAGAAAUGUUUGGAUCAGGAACUGCUGUUAGUAUAUAGCCAAUCGAAGCUAUUGGUUAUAAUGAUAAAAUUUAUGAAGUUAAAUAUGAUACAAAAUUAAAUGCAGGAGAACUAUCACAUGAAUUAUUCGAUUUGUUAACUAAAAUUUAAGUAUUAUAAGUUUAAAAUAAUUUAGACUGGAGGAGAAGAUCAUAAGUGGAUUAAAUCCAUUUGAA